AAGUGGAACCUAUAUUUUAGGAGUGGGAGUGUUUCGAAACCGUGGCAAAUGUAGAAAGGCGGAGUUAGGUAAUUGGACUCGGAAUUCGGGAUCCGGAGAAGACGACUCGUUCGAGGAUGCCUCGCUUUACAGACGAGCCCCCUGCGGUUCGCGUCUAUACGGUUUGCGAUGAGUCAAGGUAUUUGGUUGUGAGGAACGUCCCAGCAUUGGGUUGUGGAGAUGACUUGCUCAAAUUGUUCUCCUCCUACGGAAACCUUGAAGAGUGUAAACCGAUGGAUGCAGAAGAAUGCGAUGAAUUCACAGACGUUUAUUUUGUCAAAUUUCAUUUGGUCACCAGUGCCAGGUUUGCAAAAAGAAAAUUGGAUGAGUUUGUUUUCCUUGGUAAUCGGUUGCAAGUCUCUUAUGCCCCUGAGUUUGAAAGCUUGCUUGAUACAGAGGAAAAGCUAGAAGUUAGGAGACGAGAAGUGUUAGCACGAUUGGAUUCUGGAAGACCAAGAGGAUCUGCAGUUAGUUCAACAACCGCAAAGCGUACAAAUCCUUCUCGUUCUCAUUAUACUCUUGAACAGAAGAACUCUCUUGAAACGAGGAAUUAUGGAGACACAACACUCAUUUCCAAUCCACAUGUUUCUCAAAUAACAAGAGUUUCCUCUGAUCAGUUCCACUGUGUGCUGCAAUAUGGGUACAAGGAGUUCUCCAACAGAUUGCACGACUGCUUUGAAAGGCCAAUGCAAUGUGAUAGGUUGCAAGCACAAAAUUAGGAAGUUAGAUGAUUUCUCUUAAUUCGUUAUGUUAUUAGGCACAAAAAUCUUGAGGCAUUGGAGAAGUCUAGACUCUCCUAACUAUCUGUGGGAGUACUAGUUAGGGAUAUAUUGGGAAUCUUAGUAGGAUAGUAGAAUGGGGAUAAUGGUAUAUAAUUAGUGGUGACGUGGUUAUAAAUAAGGAGAAUUGGGCACCUUAGAGGGUGGAAUUGAUUUUAGUAUUGUCCAAUGGUGGACUUUAAAGAGAGACAUAGUCCUGUCAAAAUGCUAUAAAUAUUGUAAUUUCUCUUGAUAUUGCAAUAUAAUCCUAUCUUUGUGUUUUC